AGUUUUAGUCAGUUGUUUUAAAAAAUACAAAUAUAUGUAAGUCACUUUACAAGUUUAUGCUGUAAUUUUAACAUGAUUGAUAAAAUGAUGCAAAUUGACGUAGGCCUAUUUAAAAUGUUUUCACAAAAAAGUUUUAUUGUGAACCUGAGAGGUUACCUAUCUAUUUAAAUAUAAAAAAUAUACAAUUUUAAUAACAUUGCAUUUAUAAUUUAGGCUAUUUGUAGCAUAUUGUAGAGUGUGUGUAUAAGACAUUCAAAUUAUUGAUAUAUGCAAAGUAACACUGUUCAGUCCUAAUCCUUGUAUGCUUUAUGUUUCUUUUAGUCUUUAUCAUUAUCAUUUUCACAGGCUAAACAACCUAACAGUGCCACCUCUAACCACUUGUACUUUUACUCUCUCAUUGUGCACUGAGUCCUCCUAAUUUUGAAAUUUAAAAGUGCGCAGCUGAAGUUCGUCUCUGAUUGGAUAAUGACGUGAGGGCGGGAGAAGCGCGAACCAUUAGCCGUUAGCGUCACUAAGGAGCCAGUGUGCAGUCUGCAGAGCAGAGAACGGAGCAGAAAUCUUCGGACCACUUCAUUUUAAAAGAUUUUAGGACAAAUCUACAAGUUUUUUGGAGGGUCUGUGGCUGUUCAAUUGGAAGGUACUGUGACAUCACGAGAAGUGAGUUUGAGGCUGAUCCAAAUGCCUGUGGUCCUCCACGCACCCCAGAGACGUAUGACACAGCUGUUGCUGAUCUCCAGGCUGAAAACAUCCAAGACGUCAGAGGAAUAAAGUGUAAAUAUGAGUGACUCAGGGCGAACCUUCCUAGAUGUCGCCAUCAUGGAAGCCCUACCAGAACUUCAAGUAGUAAACAAAAACAUCCUGGAAGAGCACUUGCAGUCCAUUGGAGUCGAGACGUAUGAUGAUCUACGCUUCGUAACGGAGGCUGAUUUGAUGACAGUAUUAAGACCUGUACAAGCCAGAAAGCUUCUUUCUGUUUGGAAACAGAAAUACCAAACUCCCGAGAACAGCUCACUAUCAUCUGUGGAAGCCUCACCUACCCAACUGCUGUCAUCGCUCUCUGUUUCACCCCAAAGUUCAUCGUCAACCUCCUCCAGCAGCCUAGGACUUGACACACAGUGGGAAGACAACUUUGAAAUUCCAUGGAGUAAAUUUCCUGAGGAAGUGAUGGAUUCUUUGGAGAGGGGAAAAAGGCCAGGCCCAAAACUGAGGAGGCAAAUGGUCCGGAUUGUUGUGACUGAGAUGAUGGAAAAAUGCCCCCAUGUAGGUAAAAAGCAUUCAACUGAUGUUGCAAAGCAAAUGGUGGCAAAAUAUCCCAAUUCUCUGCAAGAUGUAAUAGAGGGCGAUAUUGUUGGAACAGGCUACCAUUCCCUUGUAAAACAGCUGCAAAACAGAAUCGAAAAUGUGAGGCGCACUUCAACACCCAAAAUAAGAAAAAGAAAACAUCAGGCUGAUGACUCAGACCACACAGAUGAGAUCCCAUUAGAAGAGAGAGCAGCAAUGCAGGACACUUACGGAUGCAUUAAAUGGAAUGUGAAAUUUCUGCCCCGUGAAGAAACUCAAGAGAGCCAGCACCAAAAGAAGGAAAAACUCAAGGAGAUGUUCCAACAAUCUGAUGCCAAUCCAGAGGAGGUAAAAUGUCUAAUGAAGUCCACUUUUUACACACAGCGUCAACAUGUCAACCAGGGAAAAAGUAUCAAAAGCCUUCGAGAGGAGUGGCCAUUUUGGUUUGACGAACUUGGCAUGUCGGUCCACUUCAAGGAACUCACUGGGAUUGACCUCAAAGAGACAUUCACGCGAAAUUUGGAUUUGAAGGGAAAAAGGCUUCUCAACUACAUGACCACAGUUUAUGUCACCAAGAGUAAUAAGUUCCUUCAGACUUAUGCAAGGCUUCAGAGGAUGCGGGGACAGCAGAGUGGCUGCUCAGAUGAUGUGAAAGAGAUGGUCCUGCUUCUGCUCAGCUACUUUGAUGAGAAGGAGGAGUCCAUGUUCUUCCAUGUAGAAGAUACCUGUCUGGCAGAAGAGGUCCAACUGGAGCAAGUGCCUCUGACACCUGCUGUUAUUGUCUGUGGACAGUCCUGCUAUUCCUCAACAAGGUACAUGCUGAGUCUGGAUCGGAACCUCAUCAACACAAACAUCUCCUCCUUCAUUUCUGCAUUGUGCCUCAUGUUCGGGAGCUACUUCUGUUUCAACAUCCAUUAUCCAUCUGAGCUGGCUUCAACUCUGGAGUUUCUUCAAAGGUGUUUUUUCUCGAUAAACCCAGAAAAAGGAACUAAGGUGGAGAAUAAAAACUCGAAGCGUCGUCUCAAUCUGAACCCUCGAGUCCUCACCCUGAUCCAGGACCUCUCCGAUCACGAGUGGCGUUAAGCCUAAAUAUGGACUCCUUCUGUGCACUCUGACUGUUUGUUUGAGAAGAGGUACUGUUACUUUUCGCUUUGUUCAAUCCACAAUGUGUAUUAUGGUAAUUAAGGCACAACGUAAUUUUUGUUAUUUUGCAAAAAUACCUUAACAAACGUGCAUUCUUAUUUUGAGGGGGUACGCCUCUCCACAGAUCUGACCUGUAACUUGGCCUGUUGGCAUCACGUGAUUGUCUCCAUGGAGAUAGAUAAGUUUUAUGCCAUACUGUGGAACAUUCAGAAUGUAAACAAAAUUUUGAUUGAAUUGGGUUGUUGUUGUGUGCCUGACACUUAAACUUUGUUUGUUAAAGUUUGUUAAAAAUGUCCAGAUUUAAAGAGGCUAAUCUUCUGGAGUAUCUCAACUUGGAUUCAGUCAUAGUUCAAGAACCAUUAUAUGUAGCUUCUUUGCAUGUUGUAUCUGUUGAAAAAAAUGCAUCCAGUUGUUUACAACUAUUAUUGCUGUUAAAUAAAUUUCCCAAAAGUGA